AUGAGCAGUGAGUUUUCUGAUAGUGAACGACCGAAAUUGUGUAGAGCUACCGUAACCUAUCAUGGUAAACUACAGUUUCAAGAUCGACUGUCAUAUAUCGACAAACGUUACGAUCAUCUACGAAAAUUAACGCAAACACUAAAAAAGAAGAUCAACGAAUUGGAAGACAUAAUGCGACAAGACAAUGACGAAGAGAAUCUGGAACAGAUCAGAACGUUGAUUGAGGACAUCAAACGGGAGAAGCAGAUGAUGCGUGACGAAGCGCAUAUUAUUCGUGGUGAACUCUCACAGGCGCUGUACAACGAGGAUCUGAGGAAACGGCUGGUGGGUGAGAUUCGUCGUCGUGAAGAGGAGUCGGAACGACGACAAAGUACCAGUCAAGGAGAGGACGAUGUAUAUAAGCCGCUAUCUUCAAAUGAAGACUAUUGUGUAACUUCACAGAAUGCUGUAAAUAUGACGGCAAUGGGUCGCUUGUACCUCAUUGUACAAAAUUCUGUGCACGCUUUAGAAAGUGGUCUAACGUAA